AUGUCCUGCAACAACAAGACGGAAGAGUUCCACAUCAGCGAGAUUCCAAGCCUACAUGGAUACGUGGCCAUCGUCACAGGUGGUAACUCUGGCAUCGGCUAUGAGACAACUCUACAGCUCGCCAAGCGUGGGGCUCGUGUGUACAUCGCUAGUCGAUCGCAGGAUCGAGUCAACAAGGCCAUCUCCGACAUGAAGCAUGACGCUGGCCCGCUGGAUCUUCACUUUCUUAAGCUGGAUCUACAAGAUCUCCAGAGCGUCAAGACUACUGCUGGGGAGUUUAUGAGCAAAGAGCCUCGACUGGAUCUUUUGAUUAACAAUGCCGGUAUCAUGGCGUGCCCAUACGAGUUGACCAAGGAUGGCUUCGAGAUCCAGUGGCAGACUUGCUUCCUUUCUCACCAUGCUCUCACCCUGUCGCUUCUACCGGUCCUGCUUGCUGCGGUCCAGGCUAGCGGCAACAUGAACCGUGUCCGAGUGGUCAAUGUCGCUAGUGAUGGUGCAUUCCUCAUGGGACCAAAGAGCAUCAACUAUGACGACCCCAACAUGAUGAGCCUGACGGGUGCAACGGCGCCGUGGAGGAGAUAUGGCCACUGCAAGCAAGCCAGCAUCAUCGCUGCCAAGGCAAUCACCGACCACUACCGACCGAGCGGCAUCAUGGCCUUCUCGGUACACCCCGGCAUCAUCAAGUCGAACCUACAGAGCCACGACGCCAGUUUUCUUGGAAUCUUGACCCGUACGGCCGUGAAGAUUGCUCCCACGUCUACUCCCCUCGACGGAGCACGAACUUCCUUGUUCUGUGCAACGAGUCCUAGGGCCGUUUCAGCAGCCGGCCUUUACUUGAUUCCUUUCGGUAAGGUCGAUCCCAGGGCCAACAGGUGGUUGAAGGACGAUGAGGCUGUUGAGAAGCUGUGGCAGUUGGCUAGCAGUCAGCUUAAGAGGCAUGGGUUUGCUAUCGAGGACUUGCCCAAGUAUUCUGUUUGA